AUGUCAACACAACCACAUCCAGUUUCUGCUGCAUUCACCUCAAUUCCAAUUCUGGAUUUUUCCCAGACGCAGUCCCCUUUGACAAAGCCGGGAUUUUUGAAUCGACUUCGAGAAGCUCUAGUUAAUGUUGGGUUUUUUUAUCUCAAAAACCCACCCCUCUCUGAGGAUUUCCGGUCCAGAUUUAUCGAUAAAGCACUUGAACUUUUCGAGUUGCCCCUGGAAAAGAAGUUGGAAAUCGAAAUGGUGAAUAGCCCUCAUUUUCUAGGCUAUUCAAGACUUGGAGCCGAGAUCACCGCUCGGAAACUUGAUCAUCGCGAACAAUUUGAUUUUGCUACUGAACUUCCUGCUCCUCGUCCCGAUGAACCGCUUUAUAGAAAUAUUGUCGGUCCGAAUCAAUGGCCGGAUGAAGAAGCCAUCCCGGAAUUCCGCUUUAUAGUGGAACAGUAUAUCGAAGAGGUCAGCCAAUUUGCAACAUCGUUCACGGCCCUCAUUGCAGAAGCUCUAGACCUUCCACCGACAGCAUUGAACCAAGCCUUCGAAACCCCCCAGCAGCACAAACUGAAACUCAUCAAAUACCCACCACCAAUAGCCAAUGGCAAUGAUAGUGGGUUCCAAGGCGUAGGUGCACACAAAGACUCGGGCUUCGUCACCUUCCUCCUUCAGGCAACCUCACAUCAUGGUCUAGAGGUUCAAAAUAAAGCCGGAACCUGGGUCUCUGCACCACCAAUUCCAAACUCCUUCGUCGUCAACAUUGGCCGAGCUCUUGAGGCAUUGACAGGGGGCAUUUGUACAGCGACGACUCAUCGUGUCAGCCUCCACCCCGAGAAUUUUGUGGAUGCUGAAGGAAACUCCCUUGGUCCUCGAUUUUCAUUCCCGCUCUUUCAAGGUGUGAGUCUUGAUCUUUCUGCUUCAAAUAUAGAUCUCGUUAUUCCGGAACACAUCCGAGACUUGGUCAAGGAUGAAAAAGUAAAAUCUGAUGCCGAAGCGACGUUUAACUCAAUGUUCCAGACAAGUAUUGGUCAAGGUACUUUCAUAGCGCGAAUCACAAGUCAUCAGGAUGUUGGGGAACGAUUCUAUCCGGAUAUUUUGGCGACCGCUCUAAAGGGACAACAGGAUUUUGUGACUCGAUAA